AUGGACAUCAUCAAGGGUCCAUUGGACAUGCUGAAGAGCCCGUUAGGCAUGGGUGUCACCGUUGCACUUGGCUGCGGGCUCCUCGUGGGUUGGCAGCUACGUGCCAUCUUGGGUCCAUCCCCCAAAAGUCUGAUGAGGUCCAUGGGAGCCGGCUCCACUGAAGCAUCGGUGAUGGGAGAAGGAGGGGGCUACAAGAUGAUCCUGGUUGUCAACUGCAACCUGAAGAUGGGAAAGGGUAAAGUGGCGGCCCAAUGCGCACAUGCAGCUGUGGCGGCGUACAAACAGGUGCAGUCCAGAAACCCGGAGCUCCUCAAAAUGUGGGAGUACUGCGGUCAGCCCAAAGUAGUGGUGAAGGCCCCGGACGAGGAGACCUUGAUUCAGCUCAUGGGGCUCGCCAAGGAGUUGAGGCUGCCUGUGAGCCUGAUCCAAGAUGCGGGAAGGACACAAAUCGCCGCCGGCUCCCGCACUGUGCUCGGUAUUGGUCCGGGUCCGUCCGACCUCAUUGACACUGUCAGCGGAGACUUAAAGCUUUUCUAA